AAUGCGCAAUAUCUCGAAAUAUCGAUUUAGUUCCAUAAUUGAUUUAAGCAAUCGAGUUUCAAAUGAUUAAAUACACUCACAACUUAAGAAUUAUGGAUAUCUAUUAGUGAAGGACAAAAGAAUUGAUUGGAAAGCAAAUGAAGAAUAUUUUGAUUUAAUGGAGUAAUAUUUUGAAAAAAGAGCCUUACAAUUAGAAUAAUCUGGAAAAGUUGAUGAUUGUUUUCCUUAAUAUAAAUAUUAAAUUGGUUUGGGAUAUGAAAAUAUUGGAAAACCUAAUUAUGAUAAAGAGUCUUUAAAAUUAAUGAUAGAUCAACCAAUAUUAAUAGAUAGAGAUCCUAAAUGGAAAUAUUUUUGGCCUUAUAGAUAUGAUGGAUAAUAUAAUCCUCCUUAAUGGGUUCCUAAAGAUUUCCCAAAUUUUGAAAGAAUUAUGAAUAAAUGGUAAAUUUAAUUAUUAAGAACAACAGAAUUAGUAUUAGAAAUAUUGUCAUUAGCAUUUAAUGAAAAAUAAGAUUUUUUUUAUAAUAAUAUGAAUAAAGCUACUCAUUUAUUAUCACCAAUAGGUUGUGAUUUAUAGAAACACUAAAUAAAUACAAGAUUUUCAGGAUAUCAUUAUGGUAUUACAUUGUAAAUCAUUAAGAUUUAAAUUUUAUUACUAUUCAUACUAAAUCAAGAUUCCCUGGUUUAUUUGUAUGGUUGCCAAAUGGAAAAAGAGUAGAAUUAAGAAUUCCUGAAUAAACUGUUUUGUUAUAGCCAGGAAAGCUUUUUGAAUUAAUGACAGGAGGAGUCUAUAAAGCAGGAUAUCAUGAAGCAUUUUUGACAGAAGAGGCUAAAAGAGAAUCAAUAAAAUAAAAUAAGAGAUGGAGAGUGACAUCAACAUUAUUUGCAAUGCUUAAUGAUGAUACAAUAUUAUAGACAAUGCCAUACUUUAAAGAUUUAAGUAAUUGUAACUAAGCACCUAUAAGUGUAAAGGAAUAAUUUUAAAAGGAACUUAAUAAAUUGAGUUAUGUGUGAU